AAGGAGGAGUGAGCGGUGCGACUGGGGAGGAGGAAUAAAUAGUCUUGCCGCUCCGCUGUCCCCAUUCAACCUCAGGUCAGUGACCCCUGGGAAAUACUAGCUGCUUGUUUAUUUCCCUAUUUCGUCCUUCUGCCGGACCAGGUACAAAAGCACAGUCAGGAUGGAGGAUAAGAGGAAAAAGAGAAGCCCCAAGGUGUGUGUGACCCAGACGCUGCCACCUGCACCCCUGCAUAAAGUGCCUGCACCUCCCUGUAAAAGUGCCACCUUCAGUCUUGGGCUUCCACACCCCCCUUCCCCUAAACAGAGGGGCAAAGUAAAGAGGGGUGUUAAAGAGCGUACUAGGCCCACUGCAUCAUGUGAGGCAGGAAGCCCAGGGCCCAGUCUGCAGCAUUCCUUUCUUACAGACGUAUCUCAUGUGUGUGAGAUGGAGGGAGGCCUACUCAGUCUUCUUAAUGAUUUCCAUUCUGGAAAACUCCAGGCAUUUGGCCAGGUAUGCUCCUUUGAGCAGUUGGAACGGGUACGUGAGAUGCAAGAGCAGCUGGCUCGGCUCCACUUCAGUUUGGAUGUUUGUGCGGAGGAUUUGAGGGAGGAGACCCACGCUGAGCAGAACUUGGAACAGUUGUUGAGUAAUCUGGAAGAACUGAGUAACUCUAUACAAAAAUUGCACCUGGCAGAAAAUCAGGAGGCAACAUCCACCCCCAGUGAUGAAGUGACAGAGAGCCUGCAGUAAAGUACAGCAUGGAGUGAGAAGGAGGACAUGUACCAGCACUUCACUAAACAGACUAUAAAACUAAAACAUCUAGUUUUUAGAAUUGGCCAAAUAACUCAAGGCCCCAAAAGAGCUUUCUCUUUUUUUCUUUCUUGUGUGCUAGCAAACAGCAAGUAUGAUUAUCUUAACUCAAGAUGACAAGCUGGUUAUAGUGAAAUGAGAUAAAGAUUUUUCUUUAGAUUUAUAAUUUAAUAGCAAUAAUGCAUCAGGAAAAAUACAGGCCAUAGGGAAAGUAGACAGAAGAGUAACUUGGCUUCUGUAUGUGGUCAUGCCUUUUAAGUAUGCAGCCUUCCUGUAAGGUGUUACAAUUUUUAAUAAACUUUUUAGAAUCUAA